AUGUCUGAGCCAAGGUGGUUCAUGGAGUGGAAAAAAAAUGGAAGGGACUCGCACUACAUGGAAGGACACCACGAGUACGGGCAAAUCACGACCGGGACAGGUAGUCCGUUCACGUUCGACGGCUUCCGCGUCAGGCAUCUGUUCAAGGCCGAUCCCAAGCUGUGGAAGAUAUCCCUUUCGGGUUUCCGUCGACCCUUCCGCGGCGUCGGUGAUCAACCCACACACACUAUUCGCAACGAUCCCCACCCUCAGCGUUACAUGUUCGUGGACUCCCGGCCGGACCAUAACUGGACCAUGUUGCAAAAGGAUUUCGAUUCCGGCGGCAUUGCCGGUGAAUUCUUCUUGGAGCACGCCGACUUGGACGAUAUUCGUAAACCCGAGGCCGGCGUCAGCGCUAAACGACUCAUUGCCGCAGACUUCCUAGAUGGAGGAGAGAUGCAAGGGGGGGCAGACUACUUCAUCCCCGUGUACAUCAUCUGCGCACUUAACGGAGGCGAGUCCUACCUCGGCCUCGACAAUCACGACAACGUCAUUCGCACGGGUACCCCCCACGUGUGGUACUGCAUCGGUCCUGGGUCAACAUAG